UGAGCGCCAACACAGAAAUUGUCAUGCAAGAGCUGGGGAAACAGCUCGAUAUACGGGCCAAAGACGGUCCGUUCUUGCCCUAAAAAGUGUUGUCGUGGGCCAGAGAUUUUUGUUGAGUAAUCGCAAAUAUAUUUGAAAGGAUAUAUAUAGUGAGAAGUCUCAGUGAUGAAAGCCAUCUACUCUCGAGAAAACUUGGACAAGACUUCUCAGUUUCUUGUGCUACUCUUCCUUGUUUUGUCCAGUUUCUAGACAGCGUAACAUAAAACAUCAAAAUGGUUGUUGCUAAAGUGUGGCAAAGAGUGAAAGCCUUCGAGGGCAACCCAAAACAGUCCGACUUCAAGCUGGUCGACGAGAAACUGGCGGACACUCUCAAGGAAAACGAGAUUCUGAUAGAGGCUGUAUACUUUACCGUGGACCCUUACAUCAGAGUCUUGGAUCUCCCUACUGGUUUGCCAGCGGAGCAGGUUGCAAGAAUCUUGGACUCCAAAGCCAAAGAUUUCCCCAAAGGCUCCCUCGUCCUCGCCCACGUUGGCUGGAGAAGCCACGCCAUCAUCAACGUCACAGAACCCAUGAACCUGGGAUUCAAGGCCACAAUCGUGCCAGAAAUAGCUGGACUCUCUCCCUCCCUGUGGCUCGGAAUCAUCGGCAUGCCCGGAGUGACCGCCUACAUGGCCUUCCUGGAACGCUGCGACCCCAAGCCUGGUGAGGUAGUUGUGGUCAGCGCAGCGUCUGGUGCCGUGGGCAGUGUGGUGGGACAGCUGGCCCGUGAUAAGGGAUGCACAGUGAUUGGCUCGGCCGGCUCCAAGGAUAAAUGUGAUUGGCUGAAGUCUUUGGGUUUCCAACACGUCUUCAACUACAAGGAAACUGCGCCGGAAGAAGCUUUGAAGCAGUAUGCUCCAGAUGGAGUUGAUAUCUACUACGACAACGUGGGAGGAGACCACACAGAAGCUGUACUCAACAACCUCCGAGUCAAGGCCCGAGUGCUCAUCUGUGGCCAGAUCUCUGCUUACAACCAGGCGAGAGACAUGGUACCAAACCCGUACAGGAAAAUCCUUAGGGCAGAGGCCAAAGUGCAAGGUUUCCUCAUCUUUAAGCAUCUGGCCGACUUCCCCAGAGUGAGGAAAGAAAUCAUCUCCCUUGUUCAGCAGAAAAAACUGCAGCCCAGAGAAACGAUCACACAAGGAUUCAAGAACAUGCCACAAGCCUUCAUGGAUCUGUUCACGGGAGCUAACUUCGGAAAAGCAAUCAUCAAAGUAUGAGCAAAAUGAAGGGUUCCUAGCUAAACAAAAUAUUCUAAUAUUUUAGCCACGAGCUCAAAGCCAUUUCUGACUGACUGUUAAAGUACAUUUAAUGCCAAUGGAACAACAAAAGCAAUGUUUAAAAAAAAUCUCACGUUGUUCUUAACAGUUGUACACACGCACAUAAUAUUAUACAUAUGUUUGGUAUUUUGUACAUAUCAUGUAUCAUGUCCUUCUGUGAAAUAAAUCAUGGAUGUUUAUAUAAAA